AUCCGCCAUUUUGUGCGCAGCAAAGUGGCCUCCACGUUCCCGGACCGUCUUCUUCGCUUCUGCCUCGACCGCCCCUUGACUACGAUCAUGUCUCGGGAUCGGUUCCGGAGUCGAGGCGGUGGCGGCGGUGGUUUCCACAGGCGUGGAGGCGGCGGUGGCCGUGGCGGACUCCACGACUUCCGUUCUCCGCCGCCCGGCAUGGGCCUCAAUCAGAACCGCGGUCCCAUGGGCCCAGGCCCGGGCGGUCCCAAACCCCCGAUCCCGCCGCCACCUCCGCACCAGCAGCAACAGCAGCAGCCGCCGCCACCGCAGCAGCCGCCGCAGCAACCUCCUCCGCAGCAGCCGCCGCCGCACCAGCAGCCGCCGCCGCACCAGCCGCCCCAUCCGCAACCUCCGCCUCCGCCACAGGACACGUCCAAACCCCCGCAGGGGCCCAGCUCCGCGCCGCCGGGAGUAAGCAGCACGCCGCCGGCCACCGGUCCCGCUCCACCCUCCACUCCCCCAAAUACAGGAGCUCCGCCGGGACCAGGCCCCACCCCGACCCCGCCGCCCGCAGUCACCUCGGCUCCUCCCGGGGCACCUCCGCCCGCGACGUCGAGCAGCGGGGUAACGACCACUCCACCUCAAACAGGUGGCCCGCCACCUCCGUCUGCUGGUGGUCCCGGUCCCGGGCCUAAACAAGGUCCAGGUCCCGGUGGUCCUAAAGGUGGCAAGAUGCCCGGUGGUGGUCCGAAACCCGGCGGCGGCCCGGGCAUGAGCGCUCCUGGUGGUCAUCCUAAACCGCCGCACCGAGGUGGCGGGGAGCCCCGCGGGGGUCGUCAGCAUCACCCGCCCUAUCACCAACAGCACCAUCAGGGGCCCCCUCCCGGCGGGCCCGGAGGUCGCAGCGAGGAGAAGAUCUCCGACUCGGAGGGGUUUAAAGCCAACUUGUCUCUCUUGAGGCGGCCUGGAGAGAAAACUUACACGCAGCGCUGUCGGUUGUUUGUGGGCAAUCUACCUGCUGAUAUCACAGAGGAUGAAUUCAAAAGACUGUUUGCUAAAUACGGAGAACCAGGAGAAGUCUUUAUUAAUAAAGGCAAAGGAUUCGGGUUUAUUAAACUUGAAUCUAGAGCUUUGGCUGAAAUUGCCAAGGCUGAACUUGAUGAUACACCUAUGAGAGGUAGACAGCUGCGGGUUAGAUUUGCCACACAUGCUGCUGCCCUUUCCGUUCGUAAUCUUUCACCUUACGUUUCAAACGAACUGUUGGAAGAAGCCUUUAGCCAAUUUGGACCAAUUGAAAGGGCUGUUGUAAUUGUGGAUGAUCGUGGAAGAUCUACAGGGAAAGGCAUUGUUGAAUUUGCUUCAAAACCAGCUGCAAGAAAAGCAUUUGAAAGAUGCAGUGAAGGUGUUUUUCUACUGACAACAACUCCUCGGCCCGUCAUUGUGGAACCACUUGAACAGUUAGAUGAUGAAGACGGUCUUCCAGAAAAACUUGCACAGAAGAACCCAAUGUAUCAAAAGGAGAGAGAAACACCGCCUCGAUUUGCUCAGCAUGGCACAUUCGAGUAUGAAUAUUCACAGCGUUGGAAAUCCCUGGAUGAAAUGGAAAAACAGCAAAGGGAGCAAGUUGAAAAAAACAUGAAGGAUGCAAAAGAUAAAUUGGAAAGUGAAAUGGAGGAUGCCUACCAUGAGCACCAGGCAAAUCUUUUGCGCCAAGAUCUGAUGAGACGCCAGGAAGAAUUAAGACGCAUGGAAGAACUUCACAAUCAAGAAAUGCAGAAACGUAAAGAAAUGCAAUUGAGGCAAGAGGAGGAGCGCCGUAGAAGAGAAGAAGAAAUGAUGAUUCGUCAACGUGAGAUGGAAGAACAAAUGAGACGCCAAAGAGAGGAAAGUUACAGCAGGAUGGGCUACAUGGAUCCUAGAGAAAGAGACAUGAGAAUGGGUGGCGGAGGAGCAAUGAACAUGGGAGAUCCCUAUGGCUCAGGAGCACAGAAAUUUCCACCUCUAGGUGGUGGUGGUGGCAUAGGUUAUGAAGCUAAUCCAGGAGUUCCACCAGCAACCAUGAGUGGCUCCAUGAUGGGAAGCGACAUGCGUACUGAGCGCUUUGGGCAGGGAGGUGCGGGGCCUGUGGGUGGACAGGGUCCUAGAGGAAUGGGGCCUGGAACUCCAGCAGGAUAUGGUAGAGGGAGAGAAGAGUAUGAAGGGCCAAACAAAAAACCCCGAUUUUAGAUGUGAUACUUAGGCUUUCAUUCCAGUUUUUGGUUUUUGUCUUGUUUAGAUACCACUUUUAAAUUCUUGCAUUUUAGUAAGAAAGCUACCUUUUUAUGGAUGUUAGCAGUUUAUUGACCUGAUAUUUGUAAAUGGUCUGUUUGGGCAGGUAAAAUUAUGUAAUGCAGUGUUCGAAACAGGAAAAUUUUCUUUUUAUUUCCUUUUUUUUAACUGUAUAAUGUUCCUCAAGUUAAUGGCAGUGUACGUUGUGCCACUGAAUUUCCAAAGUGUACCAGUUUUUUUUUUUUUUUUACUGUGCUUCAAAUAAAUAGAAAAAUAGUCAUAAUAUUGAUCUUCAACUUUGCCAUUCAUGCUCUUAUGCUCUAUGCACAGUUAGGCUAGGUAUUCCACUCUGUAAGCAUGUCUAGAGAGUGUCUAGGCCUUGGAAUGGCACUUGCCAAUUUUGGGAAAUGUAUCUGGAGGCUAAGUAAUGCUUUCUAUAAAUAAAUGGCCCCUUGCUUUGGAAAGAAGACAUGCAAAUUGAAGUAGUUCAUGAUUUGUUUGGCGUUUUAGGGAAGCAAAGCUGGUGCUAAGUAUUUUUAAAUGGUUAUAUAAGCAAAGCUGAACUGUAUCUUAAUUCAGGAAUCUGUAUUAAGAUUAUGGAACGAGUGUAAACUGUUAGUGAGAGAAAGUGGGUUUGGUUAAAGAGCUCUUUUAUGGCCCUAUGAUCUAUCCUUCCCUUGAAAGUUUUUGAAAAAUGGAAAGAUGAUUUUGUUGCAUUUUCCCUAUUCUUGUUUUUUAAAAAGAAAAACAAAACAUCCCAAGCCCUACAAAUGGCUUGUACUGAACUUUUACAUUUGAAUUAAAGAUUGUUACACAUGAA